CUCGAGCUCUCUCGCAGCAGGACCAGGGCGAUCAGACCCGGCCCGCACGGCUCUACAAGAAGCCUCGAGUCGUGACUUGUCAAGCUCGUGCGCCUCAACUCGGCUGGUGGUCCCCUCGCCUGCUUCUCGGUGCACAGCUUCCUCGAAAAAACGACCCUCCUGCCCGACUCGCCGCCCGUCCUUCGUCCACCUCCUUAGCCUCGACCAUCGUCAUCCCUCGUCCUCCUCCGCGCCCACGUGACGCAUCGCCAGCAGCAGCGACGACUCGUCAACGGGACUCGCCGUCGAGACGACGGCCCGUCCAGCCAGCUCGUCCGAUUACGGGCGCAACGACAAGAGCAGUGACGACUGCUCGGGCGCUGAACUCGCGGACAAUCUGCAGACAUGGGCGCGAGCACCAUGUUGGCGCUCCCGCUCGACGAGUGCGCCUUGUACGGCGCUCUCGUUCCCUCCUGGUGCGCCCUCGUUGUACGGGACGCCCCAGAUCUUCCAUCUCGGCACCUCAGAGAGGUGCCGCCAUGUUCAAGCGCGCAGGAACGAGGCAGGGGGUCGACGACGUGACGGGCUUUGGUUUAGACGGCGGACGUGCAACGACGACGGCGGUUGAGAGUCC